AUGAGCAUUAAUUUAUAUUAUUUGCUUCUACCAUCUACGAGACAGAAUACAGCAGAAUUGUUUUCAAGUAUCACAGUCGUGGGAUCUCAUUUUGUUUAUAUGUUUGGAGCCAAUUUUGGCGGACAAAUAAUAACCGAUCAUAGUGAUGAUAUUUUUAAUGCAACAUGUAAUGCAUUGUGGUACAUUGCUCCAUUAUCAUCACAAAAAAUAUUUUUAUUUUUAAUGCAUCGUACAGUAAAAAGUUUUAAACCAGUUCUCUGUAAUAUAUUUGUGGCAUCGCUGGAAGGUUUUGCUACGCUAGUUACUACAGCAUUGUCUUAUUUAACAAUACUUUAUUCUGUACAAUAG